CCCCGGAAGUGCAACUCGAACUUGGUUGGGGCGCGGAUCCCGAGAGGGAAAGUCAUAACAACCGCUCGAGGGAGUUGGACUGGCGAGCUGGAAGGCCACGCCUCCUCCCGCCUCCCCCCUCAGCCCUGUAGCUGGGGGCAGAGCUCAGACUGUCUUCUGAAGAUUGAUGUCUAUUUCCUUGAGCUCUUUAAUUUUGUUGCCAAUUUGGAUAAACAUGGCACAAAUCCAGCAGGGAGGUCCAGAUGAAAAGACUACAGCACUGAAAGAUUUAUUAUCUAGGAUAGAUUUGGAUGAACUAAUGAAAAAAGAUGAACCACCUCUUGAUUUUCCUGAUACCCUGGAAGGAUUUGAAUAUGCUUUUAAUGAAAAGGGGCAGUUAAGACACACAAAAACCGGGGAACCAUUUGUUUUUAACUACCGGGAAGACUUGCACAGAUGGAACCAGAAAAGAUACGAGGCUCUAGGAGAGAUCAUCACGAAAUAUGUAUAUGAGCUCCUGGAAAAGGACUGUAAUUUGAAAAAAAUAUCUAUUCCAGUAGAUGCCACUGAGAGUGAACCAAAGAGUUUUAUCUUUAUGAGUGAGGAUGCUUUGACAAAUCCACAGAAACUGAUGGUUUUAAUUCAUGGUAGUGGUGUUGUCAGGGCAGGUCAGUGGGCUAGAAGGCUUAUUAUAAAUGAAGAUCUGGACAGUGGCACACAGAUACCUUUUAUUAAGAGAGCUGUGGAUGAAGGAUAUGGAGUAAUAGUACUGAAUCCCAAUGAAAACUAUAUUGAAGUAGAAAAGCCGAAGAUACACAUACAGUCAUCUUCUGAUAGUUCAGAUGAACCAGCAGAAAAACGAGAAAGAAAAGAUAAAGUCUUUAAAGAAACAAAGAAGCGACGUGAUUUCUAUGAGAAGUAUCGUAACCCGCAAAGAGAAAAAGAAAUGAUGCAAUUGUAUAUCAGAGAAAAUGGUUCUCCUGAAGAACAUGCAAUCUAUGUUUGGGAUCAUUUCAUAGCCCAAUCUGCGGCUGAGAAUGUAUUUUUUGUUGCUCACAGCUAUGGAGGACUUGCUUUUGUUGAACUGAUGAUUCAACGAGAAGCAGAUGUAAAAAGUAAGGUAACUGCUGUGGCAUUAACAGACUCUGUUCACAAUGUGUGGCAUCAAGAAGCUGGCAAAACGAUUCGCGAAUGGAUGAGAGAGAACUGUUGUAAUUGGGUCUCUAGUUCAGAGCCAUUAGACACAUCAGUGGAGUCCAUGCUACCUGACUGUCCCCGAGUCUCUGCAGGCACCGACCGUCACGAGCUAACUUCCUGGAAGAGCUUCCCGUCUAUUUUCAAAUUCUUUACUGACGCCUCUGAGGCAAAGACCAGUUCCCUCAAGCCGGCUCUGACGCGACGCUCCCACCGAAUAAAGCACGAAGAGCUGUAAGAGCAGCGCGAGCGAGACGGGGGAGGGGAAGCCAAGGACCCACACUCGAGCGUGCAUCCACGCGUCUCCUAACUGCUUGCUGUCGGCGAGCAGACUCCCAGCCCCUCAUUAGAUUGUUUUCGUCCUAGAGCACAGGGUCGUGAUAUAUACAUCUAAAUAGCGUUUUGCAUUAUUUCUAGAUGAGUGCAACUGUCAAAGCAAUAUGGGUUCACUGGUCGUGCUUCCUGCGGGCUGAGCGCGGGCUUCGCGCUGCCCGUCAGCGCGCAGAUUAAGGCUGACAGCGCCCUGCCCGGCGCGGCCGCCGGCGCCUCUAAUUGCCCUGACGGAGCCCGCGCUGGCGCUGCGGGGCGCGCGGCGUCUGCGCGGUCCUACCGCCCGCCGCAGCGCAGCCGCCGCUCCUUCCCCUCCGCGAUCGUGUCCAUUUCCCCCUCUGCACAGGAGCUGAAUUUUAUUCUAGACUUCAGACUUCCAUCUUGACUAGGCUUUUCCCCGAGGGCGUCUUAUGCCUCUCUGUCUCUCUCUUUUCUUCUUAGGAAGUCCUACCCGCCCCCCCGCCUCCCCUCCCCCGAAAAGCCAACUUUAAAUUCAGAACAUGAAUGCUAUGAUGUACUAUGUAGUUUUAGGAGUGCAAAUUGUUCUCUCCCUAACGAUGUGUUUUUAUUUCGAGACCAGAAGAAAAAUGCAUAAAAGUCUGUGAAGUACUGAACCCGCAUUACUGCUGAAAAUUCUUGUCAGUCGAAUGUGAGAUUUUACAGGUCUCCAGUUUCAGAAGAGACGUUGAAACUAAAACAAUGAUGAAAUCUCUUAAGUGUGAAAGGUCCCAUUUUCAAUGCAAUUUCCAACUUUAUCAUUACAAUUGACUUGUUAAAUAUAUAUAUUGAGUGACAUUGUAAUUUAGAUAACACUUAAAUUUUGCUUCUUCAGUCUUGAUGUGGAGAAAGUUUAUUGUCGUUAAUCCUUACUAGAAUGAUCUAUCCUGAGCUUUCUUGGAGUUAGGCCUCGUUAGGGUUAGAAUUUUUUAUCGUCGUCAGGAAAAUGAACUGUAUUCUCGAGUCUUCCUUCUAAAAGACUAAGUGAGGCUAAACUGAGUCCUUCAGUUUUCUGCUCAAACGGGAAGAGAGAGACUUCUUGUGACAGAUUUUCUCCUCUGAGUCCAAUGGUAUAAUUGUUAGUACUCCACUUCUUCUGGAGGGUUUUGCCCUACAGUUUCAACAAUUAAGUAUUCUAAUCCAGCUAAGAUCUGGCCAACACUGUGAAAUCCAAGAGAUAAAAUAAGUUAAGCUUUUGCUGACUUUUAAAUUAAAAUAUUAAAAUUUAACGUUAUCAAUUUUUAAUUACUUGAAGAAUUUAAUUACCUAGUGAAGACUGUUUCUAAUAGAUGAGGAUCUGAAUUUAAUAUUUUUCCUCUUUUUAAAAAGUGUAUGCAGCAAUUAAUAUGCCUGCCUUAUUUGAGGACAAGAUAAAAUGUACCCAAAAUGACUUAGAAUUGAUGCCUCAGAAAAAUAACUUAAAAUCAACCACCUCAUGGAUAAAUGUUUUUAUAUUGUGAACCAAUUUCAGCAAGUUUUAAAACUGAUAAUAUCUCAUGCUGUGUUUGGCAUACACAUACGUUCAUUACUUCUAUAGUUUUAGUGGUGGCAAAUUAAUCUUUUUCCUGUGGUCAUAUCUGCAUAUCUUUUGGUGAUAUUUAAGUAGAAACAACACAGGAGGAAAAAUCAAAAUGACAUUAUAUUUAGCUCCUGGAUGGCUUGAAAUAUGAAACACCAACAAUGUCAAGCAUAUUGGUCUGUGAUACUGACCAUUUUUAUCCACUCUUUCUUAUUUUAGAAGUAAUGGUGAACUGUAUAAAAUAAUGGUAUCUUCCAGUGAGAUGGUUUGAGAAUUGAUGUGGAUUGAAUAUGUUUUUCAAAGUGUUAUAAAUUGUGUGGUGUUUUCAGUAUAUGAAAUGUUCACAGGAAACUAAUUUUACAGUAUUUUUUCAAAAAGCCAACACUUGUGCAAUGCUAAAUUUGUGAAGCUUCUGCAGCUGAAUUAGAGCAAAGUAAAUAUGCUCAGCUUAUUAUAAACUAAGUCUAUUUCUUCUUUCCAAUUUUCUCACCUCUCUUUUUUAAAACCUUUCUUGUAAGUAGAGUAAAUCACUAUUUAAUUGCCUUUAAUACUUUGGAACUACUGGAUUUUUAAGCCUUGUUUAACUAUCUAUAGAGAGUUAUUUGGAAACUUAAGUUGUGUAAAUGUAAUUUCUACUUGUGGAUCCGAGCUGUGGCAACCCAGGGGGAGCUAAGCAAACUUUUUCAGACCACCAACUGAUAACUGACCAGAUUACUCGUAAGAUUUUUUAACCUGUUGAUUAUGGGUCUGUUGGUAUAAAUGUAAUAAUAUUGUUCACCUCAGUUUUUUUGAAGUAACAACAAGCCCGCCUGCUUGGGGGCAGCCAGUGUUAACGAUAUUUCUGUUCUGAUCUCCUCCCCAUUUUGGCUUCUUUAAGCAGGAUUUUAGGAGAGUAGAGGUUUAAAGUUAGGAUGCAGGCUUUUUAUUGUAAUUAUAUACUUAGUUCUUAGAGCAAAUGGAAUAGGAAAGGCGUUGUUGAUAAAUCUCAGAUUCAAAAUAAUGCUGUCAAAACUUAAAAGCCAGAUAAUUAUUUUGGAGCUUUCUAGAGGUACCUAAACAUGCAGUUGUUAGAAGUUUUCAUGGAUAUUGAAAGGGAAACCAUCUACUUGUAAUAAUUGUUCUUUUCUCAAGUUUCUGCCUUGUGCUUCAACCUGGAUUGCAUUAUUAUUUAUAUGAAAUAAUAAUAAAGCACAGGAGUUUCCUAUAUACUAUAUAUUUCUGC